AUGCAAAACUGGCACUAUCUACUGUUGCAUGGAUUUCUAUCACCCCAAGAGGGUCGUCAUGGUUGCGCCAGGAAGCCAGUGGCCCGCCCUUUCAGGGGGCUGCGCGAAAACUCUGCGGCCAAUCUCAACACCUCCGACCGCGUGCUAUCAGCCAACCACGACGUCCAGCAGCUGUUAGAGCAUGUCGGCAAGGGCGGACGGGUCCCAGGACUAGUGUUGGAGUACCUCAAGGUCAUCCAGGAGCUCACGGCCGACCUGCUGAAGAAUCCCAUGGGUGAAGACUGGAAGAAGGAAUCCACCGAGCUCAAGACCGAGCUCCGAGAGAAGACCCUCACGCUCCAGAAAGACAUCUAUGCGAUCAAGGUAGCGACGCUGGCUCCGGCGAGCAGCCGAUCAGGACCCUCUGGACGAGUAGUAGACACCCAGGCGGCGAGUCCCUCGGAGCUCUCAAAGGACCGGGAUAUCAUUGUCAAACUGGGUGAUUCCGACGGCAUUGCUCACUUCCGUACGAUGAGAAGCUCGGAGAUCAAGGACCGGGCUGAGAAGGCGAGGGUACGCGCAACCGGGGCGGGCACGAACCCUGUUUUGGCCGCUAUCCAGUUCGUGGCAGCACGUCAGCUGAAAUCCGGAGAUAUCAGUCUGACGUUGAAAUCAGCCAGGGAUGCUGAGGCUGCCAGGGUCCAUCGGCACGCAUGGGUCAGACAUUUGUGGAAGGGAGCCGAAGUCCGACUGCCGUCCUGGGGUGUUGUGAUCCACGACGUUAACGUACGCUCACUGGGAAUCAACCGGCCGACAGAGCUGAGGGAAAAACAGGAAGCCGUCAGCAAGCAGUUAGUGACGCAGAACCUUUAUUCGUGGGGAGAAGCGGAAAUAACUCAUCUUGCAUGGCUGGUCUUGCCAGAGGGAAAGAAGGCCGGGUCCCUGAUCGUCGAAUUCAGCUCGCCGCAUGCUGCCAACAAGGCCAUCGACAACACUAUCUGGGACUCCACCGUGCUUACCACAGUCCUAUAUGACCGAGCUGCUCGAAUCCGUCAAUGCCACCGAUGCCAAAAGUAUGGCCACAUAGGAAGGACCUGCUCCGAGCAACCUACCUGCGUCUAUUGUGCCGGCAGUCAUGUCUCUCCUGAUUGCCCCGGUAGGAAAGACGCCACCCUGAUCGAACGAAAGUGCGCCAAUUGCGGGGGCGCACACGCUGCAUGGUCACGCGGGUGUGCGGACUAUAAAGCGGAGUUAGAGAGAGUGCAGGAAUUAGAGAUACGGCGCGAGCGGUAUCACCGGAUUCCGGCCUACCUCUCUAUCUCGGACCCUGCUCAGAGGAUGACGGGGUCUAGCUCAGGCUUAGACCCGACACCGAGAGAGGUAGCGUCCAUGGGUAGCGGCCGUGGACCUACCAAUACAGCCAGCACAAACCCUCGAAAUAAAUCAGUUUCGAGUAAGAAAACAAGCUCCAGCAAGCCGGCUGCCAAGCAGACAGCUAGCAAGCCAGUGAGCAAGCUAGUGAGCAAGCCGGCCAGCGUAGCCACCGGGGGUAAUGCAACAAUAGUUGCAACCCGAAGCAUCGCUAGCCAACCUUCCGAGGUCUCUAUUAUGAGAACCCCGGACAAUCAGCAGAACAGAGAAGCCGAGGGCUUCCAAAUGGAUACUGAUAUGGAAGUCGACUUCCAACCAUCGCAACAGAUCAAUCAGACCAAUCAGACCGGAGUCUACCAGUCGAAACGCGCACCCCCUAGUCUCCGAGCACCUCGAUCGGAGCCGAUCCGUACGAGAAGUCGGGCCACGGCUAGACCUUGA